AUGAAUCCAAAAAUUGUUGCCUCUUCUUCUACUAUUACCACCACCGUAACUGAACAACCCAAAGGAGGUGAUCCAACCAAUUAUUGUUCUAUCAUGAAUUCCUCUAAACCUAUUAUUCUUGGAACCACUGAACAACCUAAAUCAGAGAAUCAGAUAAAUGCAUAUAACGGAAAUGAUAUCACUCAAGCCCAUUCAUCAAGCAUUUUAAGCAGAAAAUCACCUAUCAAGAAGAAAUUCGGUGCUGACACUAUUACUCUGAAGGGUUCGAAAAAAAAGUUUUCACUAUUCCUGCUAACAAUGAGUAGAAAAACUUUUAACAUAUUUUUAAUUGUCCUUUUUUUAUAUCUGUUGGUAUUGACUAUUACUGUUGAUUCCCAUACUACUACUAGUUGUCAUAAAUCAUCUACUCGUAAAUCAUCAACUAGUUGUCGUAAAUCAUCUAUUAGUUGUCGUAAAUCAUCUACUAGUUGUCAUAAACCUUCUAUUAGUCAUAAACCUUCUACUACUUGUCGUAAAUCUUCUACUACUACUACUUGUCGUAAAUCUUCUUCUACUACCACUACUUGUCAUAAACCUUCUACUAUUUGUCGUAAACCUUCUACUACCACUAAAACAACAACAUCCAGUGCAACAUGUACACUCACACCUUCUCCUAUCCUUAAUUGUCCAAAAAAUAAUAAACAGAAAAGGCAUUAUCAAUGUCAUCAAAUUGUUUGUACCCUUACAAAAUUUGAAUGCGUUCCGAGAACAAGCCUUUGA